AUGCCGCUGGAUUCAAGUUUAGCGAGUAAAAACUAUGACCUGGACUACAACUCCCUGCAGCCGUAUUUCCACUCUGACAACGAGGAUGACCCGGUGAACCAGAGCAUCAUCUGCGGCGCUGACUCCAUCAUCAUCCAGGACUGCAUGUGGAGCGGCUUCUCCGCCGCGGCCAAGCUGGAGAAGGUGGUGUCCGAGCGGCUCGCCUCCCUGCACGCCGCGCGCAAGGACCUGGGGCCGGACACGCCGCCCAACAGCAGCAGCUGUAGUCAAUCAGAGGAUGAAAAUGGAGACGAGGAUCAUGAUGAGGAGGAAGAGGAGGACCAGGAGGAAGAGGAGGGGAUUGACGUGGUCCCAGUGGAGAAGAGGCAGGCGGUGAAACGGUGCUACCCAAGUCCGCUGGAGACAAGGCCCCCCAGCCCGCUCGUGCUGAAGAGGUUUGACAUCUCCACCCACAAGCAUGAUUACACUGCCCAUCCAUCCAUGAGGCAGGAGCAGCCGGCAGUCAGGAGGCUGAAGCUGGAGAGCAGCAGCAGCAGCAGCAGCAGCAGCAGUGGUGGAGGAGGAGGUGGAGACAGCGGCGGCCACAGCAGGGUCCUCAAACAGACCAGCAGCAUCCGCAAGUGUCUGAGCCCCUGGACGUCAGACACCGAGGACAAUGACAAGAGAAGGAUUGGAGGAGCCUUUCGGGAGCGCCAGAGGAGGCUGAAGCUCAAGUUGAGCCUUGUCGUGCUGCACGACGAGAUCCCCGAGGUGGCCAACAACAAGAAGGCGGCGAAGUCGGUGAUCCUGAAGAAGGCGACAGAGUGUAUCUACAGCAUGCAGUCAGACGAGCAGAGACUCCUCACACACAAAGAGCAGCUGCGGAGGAGAAGUGAACUUUUAAAGCAGAGACUGGCACAGAUGCAGGGCUGCCGUGCUUGAAGUCUGAAUCAAGACUUUUUGGCCUUUUGUUUUUUAGGCAAGUUCAAGACUUGG